AUGAAUUUAGCUGAAAAACCAAAAGCUUUUUUUAUUUGCAAAUUUUUAUUUUUUUAUUAUAUUUAUAAAAAACCUAUCUUACCUUUUGAUUCUUUGAAAUGUAAAAUUAGUGGUAAAGAGAUACCCUAUGUUUGUAUUAUUCAAAUAUUAGGUCUAAGUCUUUUAGGCCAACGUGUGUGCUUGUAUAUACACGACUUCUACCCUUUCUUUUAUUUACUAAUACCACCUGAGGAAAAGAAUAAUGAUAAGCUAGAAAUAGAAUUAUGCGAAUUUUUAGAGGAAGAAUAUGGAAAAACGAAAAAAGAUCAAAGUAGCAAUGUAUGUAUUUAUAAUAUAGAAAGAGUUAAAAGGAAAGCGAUUUAUGGGUAUAAUGAAGAGUGUGAUGAUUUUUUGAAAAUAUCUUUCUUAUAUCCAAAUACAAUUAAUUAUUUUGCAAGUUUGUUAAAAAAGAAAUUAUUUAAGAAACGUAUAUGGGAUUUAUAUGAAGUUCAUAUAAAUUAUAUGUUACAUUUUUUAUGUAUGAAAAAUAUAUAUGGAUGUUCUGAAAUAUAUAUUGAUAAAAACAUAUAUUUUAGAAAAGAAUUUGUGAAUGAAAUAAAUUUCGAAUGUAUUGAAAAGGAAGAGCGUUGGUAUUUAGGGGGGAAAAAAUGUAAUUUAGAUAACUUUAAAAGAAAUAAAUAUUUAGAGGUAGACGCUCCUUUAGUUUUUACAGUAAAAACAAUUAAUGUUAAUUUUUCGUCAUUAAAAAGAGAAACGUCAUAUGAUAUUGAGUGUGAUAUAAAACAUCAACAUAUUUUAAAUGAAAAAAUAUAUACAUAUGAAUUUGAAAAGAAUAAAAUAAAAUGGAAGAAAGAAUUCAAUUUUGAUCUUCCUAUUAAUCAUUUAGAUUCUUUUGCAAAAAUGUGGAUGAAAGAAAAAAAAAGAUGUAAAUAUAUGGACAUUAAUUUAAAGAAGGAACUUUUUUAUUUUAGCAGUUAUGAAAAUGAUUUAUGUUUUGACACGUUUGAUGUACUAACUGAGAGAACAAAAAAAAUGUUCCAAGGAUUUUUAGAAUUUAUGAGGAAAAGGCAAAGUGAAAAGGAAAAAGUAAACUGUGAGAAAAUAUUAGAAUAUGAUAAUAUUGAAAAGAUUCAAAAAUAUAAUGACAUAAUUAAUGAUGAUAUGAAACUAAAAAAAGACUAUAAUUUUAAUUCUGGUAUAAGUAAUAUAGAAGUGAAUAUAAAACAAAUAAGAAAUAAUGAUAAUAUAAAUAAUUGUAAAAAUAUGGCACAUAAUGAAGGAGAAAAUAAUAUGUUAUCAAAUAUGAUUGGUGAUAAAAAAAAGGAUCAUAUGGAAAUAUCACCUGAUUUUUUCAUACAAAAUAAAGAAGAAGAAAAGGAAAUAGAAGAGAAAAGAGAAAAGGAAAAGAAAGAUGAAAAGGAAAAGGAGAAAGAGGAAGAAAGAGAAAAGGAAAAGGAAAUAGAAGAGCAAAGAGAAAAGGAAAAGGAAAAGGAAAAGGCAAAAGAGGAUGAAAGAGAAUGUUUUAUUGAGUACGUUAAUGAGAAAGGAUGUAUAGCUUCAUUUGAAAUUAAUAAAAAGAGAAAAGAAGUAGUUCGUUAUUCUUUUAAGAAGGAACCACCAAGAAUAAGCAAAUGUUAUGCCGUUGUUAAUAAUUUAGUUGAUCAUAUAAGUGGAAGCGAUAACAAUAUUGUGAAAGAAAAAAUGAAGGGAAAUGUUUAUAACAAAAUACAUGAACAUAUAGAAGAUGAAAAUAAAGAAGAUACAUCAAAUUUUGAAUAUAUAGAAAAAGAAAAUCAUAUGGAAAAUAAGGAUAAUAUAAGAAAGCAAUAUGAACAGAUUAAAUCAAAUAAUAUGAAGAAAAAAAUAAAUAUAAAAUAUGGAAAUAUAUUUUUUUUAGAAAUAUUAACCGAAAUAAAAGAUGAAAAUUGUUAUUCUUCAGAUUAUAACCAAGACAAAAUAAAGGCCAUUUUUUAUAUAGUGAGAGAAGAAAGACUUAUGAAUUUAUAUGAGGAUUAUAAUAAUUGCAUGGGAAUUAUAGCAACGAAACCUUUUCCUAAUAUUUCAUAUCUUUUUAAUGAAAAUGAAUUAAAUAAAGAACAAUUAAAUGAAGAACAAUUAAAUGAAGAACAAUUAAAUGAAGAACAAUUAAAUGAAGAACAAUUAAAUGAAGAACAAUUAAAUGAAGAACAAUUAAAUGAAGAAAAAUUAAAAUUGUGUAGAGAUAUAAAUCAUAUGGAAGACAUGAAUAUUUGUAAAAAUAAUUGUGAAUGUAUAGAAAAAAAUAAGGAUAAUCUAAGAAAUGAUAAUAAUGUGAUUAAUAAAAACAACGAUGAUUCAUGUGGAAGAAAUAAAGAAUCAUGUUGUCGGAAAAAUGGUUAUCAUAAGAAUAACAGAAUAAAAGAAAUAACAAAUAAUAAUAUAAAAAAAGAGAAGAAACCUUUUUUUGAUUUUAAUAUAAAUUAUAAUAAAGUUAAUAUAUGUAUUGUAGAAAAUGAAAGAGAACUAAUUCAAAGAUUGAUUAAUAAAAUAUUGUUUUAUUCUCCGCUUAGUAUUGUUUCCUAUGAAAAUGAUAAAUAUAAUAUAAAUUAUAUAAACCAAAGAUGUUUAGCUUUAGAUAUAGGUAAUUUUUAUAAGAUGAUUUGUAAACUGAAUGAUCAGAAAAAGUUUUUAGAUUUACAUAAUGCAUAUAGUAGAAAUAUAAAAGGUAUCAUAAUUGAAAGUUUAUAUAAAUUAUCAAAUACUUAUAAUACUUCAUUUGAAAAUUUAUGUAAACAUUAUUUAAAUAUAAAUAUUCCAUCUAUUAACAAAUAUACCUUAUAUUAUUGGUAUAAUUAUAAGAAAAAAAGGAAAAUAAAAACUAAUGAAUCUUCAACAAGUAUGAAUAAAGAUAAUUUAAAUAAUGAAAUGUGGAAGGAUAUGUAUGAGGAAGAUAUUUAUUUUCCAUAUAGACAUAUAACAAUAAAACAUUAUUUAAGAAAAGUAUAUUUUAUACUAUUAAUAUAUGAUAAAAUAUGCUUUUUAAAAAGAAAGAUGAGUUUCUGUAAAUAUAUUCAUGUUGAUUUAUUAUCUUUAAUAAAUAGAGGAUCUCAAUAUAUUAUAGAAUCUUUUCUUCUCAAGAUGUGUAUUAAAUAUAACUAUGUUUUAUAUUCUCCUUCAAAUAAAGAAAUAUUUGAUCAAAGACCUAUUUUACAUACUCCUUUAAUAUUGCAACCCAAAAGUUCAAUCAAUUUUUUUCCAUUAUUAGUUUUUGAUUUCCAGUCAUUAUAUCCUUCUAUUUUAAUUGCUUUCAAUAUUUGUUAUUCAACAUGCUUAGGAACCAUAACCCUAAAGAGGAAAUUGAGUCAAAUGGAUGAAAAAGAAAAUAAUGAAAAGAACAAUGAAGAUACUGAGGAUUUGUCAAUGCAGAAAAGUGGAACUGAUGUGAAUGAUAAGAAUGAUAAGAAUGAUAUGAAUGAUAAGAGUUAUAUAAAUUAUAAGAAUGAAUUAUCAUGUAGUAAUAAAAACGUUUUACCAUCUGACGAAUAUAAAGAAAUGAUGAAUAUCUCUGGGGAUGAAAAAUAUCUAAUCGACCUGUUGGAUGAAAAUAUAAAUGAAUGUAGAUCAUCUGAAGAUCCAAUGAUUGAAUCUGAUAUUAUUCGUAGUAAUGGAAAAGAAUUAGAUGAGAAUAGAUUUAAUGGGAAUAUGACUACUGAAAAUCAUGAUGAAAUAAAAUAUAAACUUGAUAUGAAUAAUAAAUUAGAAUUGGGAAAUAAAAAUUAUAUAAAUAAAAUAAAUGAGCAAUCAAUAUGUGGGAAUAUAAAUAAGAACAAAUUUUAUAGCAAUGAAGAUAAAUCCAUGGAAACCAAUUUUGAAUUUAUAAAACUGGGAGUAAUGAAAAAAGUUCCUACUGUUUCAAGUAGAAUUAAAAAUCUUAAAAGUGAGGAUUUAAUUAUAACUAGUAAUAAUACAAUAUAUGUAAAGAAACACAAAAGGAAAGGAAUAUGUCCUCUUUUUCUUGAAGACAUUUUAAAAACAAGAAUUAUGUUAAAACGAUGCAUGGGUAUGUAUGAAGAAAGGGUUAGUAAAAAAUUAAAUGAAAGAAUGGGAAAAUUAAAAUUAAUAUUAAAUGUUGCUACAGGAUAUAUUGGUGCAAAUUUUUCUGGUAGGAUGCCAUGUGUAGAUAUUUCUGAAAGUAUUAUAAGUAUAGGUCGUAAUUUUUUAUUAUUUAUAAUAGAAUAUAUAAAAGAAAAUUAUAAGUUUGUUAAAAUAUUAUAUGGAGAUACAGAUUCAUUAUUUUUAUUAAAUGAAACUACAGAUGAUAUACAAAGUUCUUUUAAACUUGCUUAUGAAAUAUUAAAUAGUAUAAAUAAUAUAUUACCAUUACCAAUGUAUUUAAAUUUUGAAAAGAUAUAUUGUCCUUCUCUUCUUUUAACCAAAAAACGAUAUUUUGGUUUUUCAUUUAAAAGUGAAAAUCAAGAUAAUCCUAUUUUAGAUUUAAAGGGUGUAGAAAGUAUAAGAUCUGAUCAAUGUAUAUUAGUAAAAAAUAUAUUAAUACAAAUAUAUUUUAUCCUUUUUUAUUUUAAAAACAAUUGUUAUUUUUCUUAUUGUUGUUGUUGUUGUUAUUUAUGUAAGAACUUUUUUUCUAAUAUGAUAUGUUCUUGUAAAGAAUUAAAUGUUCAUAAAACGGAUCCAUGUUUUUUAUUCAGCUUAUUAAAAAUUGUAUUAAACAUAUGCAAAGCUAGAAGAUACGUUAAUCAAAACGAAGAUAUAGAUAAUAUAAAUAAUAACAAUAAUAAUAAUAUUAAAAAUAAUAAUAAAUAUGAUUGUCAUCGUAACAAUCAUUAUGGUAAUAAAAUGAAUGAUGUAUCAAAUAUAUCGUUGAAAUUAUAUCAAGAAGUUCCUUCUUUUGACAAGGUGAAACUUUAUAAGGAAGUUAUGAAUUGGUUAGAGUAUUAUGAUAACGAGAAUUUAUUACUAAAAACUUUAAACUUUUUAUAUAGGGAAAAAUAUUCUUUUUUAAUAUAUUUAUUUAAUCUAUUUGAUGAAGGUACAUUAAAAAAAGAAAUUGAAAAAAUAAUACAAAUAAAUUUUCAAAAAAUAGAAAACCAAAAAAAUAAUAAAUGUUGUUUUAUGAAUCCUUCGAAUGUUUUCAAAAGUUGUUUAUGUGUUAAGAACAUAAAUGAAAAUGUAAAAUGUGAUAAAAUAAGAUGUUAUUGUAAUAUAAAACAAGCUAUGUUUUUUUUUUAUAAUCCAACAUAUAAUAAAGUGGAUUAUGUUUUUAAUACUAAAUUAUUUUAUUCUCAUUUAUUAUCUCAUAUAAGAAAAACGUUAAGUGAAUAUUUUAAUAAAAUUUAUGAUAAUCAAAUUUCUUGUGAUAAUUUUAUUAUAUAUAGAAAAGUGAAAUUAGGUUCAUACAAAGGAGAAAUGCAGGGCAUUAAGCGAAAAGUAUCACUACCACCUCAAGCAAUUGUAGCAAGGAAAAUGAUGCGAGAUUUUCCUAAUUCAAUUAUUACAUAUAAAGAAAAGGUGCCUUACAUAUUUACUAAGAAGUUGAAAGAUGAUAAACUUUAUAGUUCUGUUUCUCAUCCGCAUUUUAUUAGAGGAAUUUAUAAGUCCUUUAAGUUUGAGUGUGGUUCUACAGAACAGGUAGAUAUAUUUGAAGACAAUAAUAAUAAUAAUAAUAAUAAUAAUAAUAAUGGUAAUGAUAAUAAUAAUGAUAGUAGUGAGAAUAAUAAUGAUAGUAGUGAGAAUAAUAAUGAUAGUAAUGAUCAUAAUGAUAAUAUUGAAACUUUUCCGAGCUCGGAAAAAAGCGAAUAUUGUGAUAUGAGUGAAAAUGAAGAAAAAAGCGAAAACUGUAAAAAUUCGGAUAUGAGUGAAUAUUGUGAAUAUGAUGAAAAGCAGUUAUAUGUUGAUGGUAUGAUGGAAAUAAAUGAAUUAAAAAAUAAAAUAUUACCUAUUAAUUUAAAAAAGAAAAUGAAAAAUAAAAAGAAAAAAAUAAAAGAAAUAAAUUAUGAUUAUUAUAUACAAAAUUUAAUUAUUCCACCACUUAAAAGAAUGUUAGAUUUAUUGCCUUUUUGUUCUAUCAAUUUAGAUGAAAUUUUUUACAGAACAAAAAGAAAAUUUAAUUGGAAUAAGGCAAAAUUAGAAAUGUUUUCAAAGUAUUAUAAAAAUAUGGAUAAUAAACUGUUAAGAAAUAAUGAUGUAACAAAUAAAAGUAUCAGAAUGGUGAAUAUUUUAAAUGAAGACAAAACAAAUAAUAAAGAACACAAUGGGAAUACAAAAAGCUUAAACUUUUUACAUAAUGUGAAUGGAACAAUAGAAAAUUAUAAAGAUAUGAAUAACAAAUCAAAAAUUAUAAUAAGGUUAGAAGAACAAGGAGAAAAUGAAGAAUUAAAAGUUACAAAUAAAAUAAUGAAUAGUUAUGUAGAAAUUAAUAAAUCUCAGGAUAUGCUAAAAAAAUUAAAUAAAAUAUGCUUAAUGUGUGCAAAUUCUGAAAUGGAAGCGUUAGCAUGUCAUUAUUCUGUGCAUUGUAAUAUAUUUUUUAAAAGGAUUAAUUUACAAGAUAAUAUUUUAAAAAAUAAAGAUUCAAUAAACAGACUUACAUAA